GCUGUCACGCAGCGCGGCGGACACAUCCUGAGAGCCCGAGCCGCUGCACACAGCAAGGAGCUGCCUGGAAACCAAACGCACAACCAGAGAAGAGACGGGAGGAAAAAAAUCCACCCAUUUCCGUGAAAGUUAUUAUUUUUUUCUGUCUCAUGGAAGACAGAGUGAGAGGAGACAAACUCAGAGAGAAGACUGCAUCCACAGUUUGCUCGUGUUAGUCAGAGCGCGCCUCCGCGGCUCAGAUGUGAAGGUGGAUUUUGGGAUGUGAAGCAGCAGGUAAAAGGCUUUGUUCGUGAUGUUGCUGUGUAUGGGAAAGAAGCUGUGCCGUAACAGAGGGCAUCGUGGGUAAAAGAGACAUGCAACAGCCAGCCCCGCAACACUGCCACCUCUUCCUGGGCGGGGCCUUGCUGCUUCUCCUCGCCAGCUCAGCUCUGAGCUGCCCCGCCCGAUGCGAGUGCUCUCCCCAAACCAAGUCGGUCAGUUGCCACCGUAAGCGCCUGCCCAGCAUUCCCGAAGGCGUUCCCAUUGAGACCCGCGCCCUGGACCUGAGCAAGAACAAGUUGCGCGUCAUCACACCAGACAACUUUUCCUCCUUCCAGCAGCUAGAAGACCUGGAUCUCAGCGACAACCUCAUCAGUGUGGUUGAACCUGGCUCGUUCCGCUCUCAGUUGGCUCUGCGCUCGCUCAACUUCCGUAGUAACCUGCUUCAGCUGGUUCCUGCUGGGGUUCUGACAGGUCUAACAAACCUUACCCACAUCGAUCUCAGCCACAACCGACUCGUGGUUCUUCUGGACCAUGCUUUCCAAGAUCUGCACAGGUUGAUGUCCCUGGAGGUGGGUGACAAUGAGCUGGUUUUUAUCUCUCAACGGGCCUUCACUGGACUACUGGGACUUCAGAGUCUGACACUGGAGCGUUCAAAUUUGACUGUGAUCCCAACUGAUGCUUUGGCACAUCUGCACAAUCUGUUUGAACUACGGAUGCGAUACUUGAGCAUCAGUUUUCUCAAACCAUUCUCCUUUAAGAGGUUAACUCGUCUCCGUCAUUUGGAGAUUGACUUCUGGCCCUGGCUGGAAACUCUGCCUCCCUUGUCACUUCAUGGCCUCAACCUCACAACAUUGUUCAUUACCAACACAAAUCUGUCUGCCCUCCCUGGCGCAGUGUUGCGAAACCUGCCCUACCUCACACACCUUAACCUUUCCUACAGCCGCAUCCAGCACAUCCACCAGGGAGAGCUCGGCCAGCUUCAACACCUGCUGGAGCUUCGCCUUCAAGGUGCUCAUCUGGUUUCCAUAGAGCCCCUGGCUUUUUUGGGCCUUAAAUCUCUUCAGCUGCUAGAUGUGUCUCAGAAUCGCCUUGACUCGCUCCAGCGGGGGGUGUUUGCUUCACCAGACACACUUCAGAGGCUUUGUCUGGGUGGAAACCCUUUAGUGUGCGACUGCAGGUUACUGUGGCUACUCAACAGCCACAAGCCGCCUGCUCUGCAGAUUUUGGAUGCCCAGCCUGAAUGCAGCGCACCUGAGUACCUCCUGGGGAAAACACUACGUGACCUUAGGGAGCCUCUGGUCUCAAGGUACAUGACCUGCACCAAGCCACGGAUUGGACCAAACACAACCCAGCUGUUAUUGGCUGAUGAGGGUCAACCAGCCCGUCUGAGCUGCACGGCAGAGGGAGCACCGCGACCCUCCGUGGUCUGGAUUACUCCUCACAGACGCUACAUCACAACUAAAAGCAGUGGUAGGGUGGAAGUCCAACCAGAUGGCACCCUGGAGAUUAAGGUGGCAGAGCUGCAUGACAGCGGGGUGUACUUGUGUAUUGCCAGUAACCCCGCUGGCAAUGCAAGCCUGUCGGCAUCUUUAGCUGUAAAAAGCCUUGGAACUGGGGAGAGAUAUAACAAAAGCUUAAACUACCUGACAGACUCCAACAGCUCAUGGGGGAAUGGAACAGUAUUGUACAACAUGACCCUCCCUAUUGAUAUAAAGACGAUUAUUAUAUCUACAGCAAUGGGCUGCCUGUCCUUCUUAGGUGUGGUUGUGUUCUGCUUCCUGCUUCUGUUCGCCUGGAGCCGGGGCAAAGGACGCCACAAGAACAACUUUGACAUUGAGUAUGUCCCCCGUAAGUCCAACGGGGCAGCUACAGACGUUGCGGAAACAAGUGGUCCUCGGCGAGUUAACAUGAAAAUGAUUUAAAACUGAUGAAAAUUUAC